AUGAGUGCCAAUGACAGUAAAAGAGAAGAUGUGUCCAAGUGUAAAGUAGCUCGAUUUGGAAAUAAGAAAGUAAUCAAAUAUUCGGACGAAUAUCAUCAUCAACGAACGAAAAACAAUGAAUCGGUUAAAAAUAGUCGAUUAAAGGCUAAGGAACGACAAAAGCAAACCGAAAGUCGAAUGAACAAACUAGCUGAAGACAAUCGUGUAUUAACUGAACGUGUCGAUACGCUAAUGAAAGAAUUACAAGUUUUACAAUCGUUGUACAAGGAACUUGGGCAAGAAUUACCAGCCGACGCAGUUCAAGCAUUGAAACAGAUUAAUAUUCAAUGA